UCCAGUCCUGGAGGAUAGCAGAGGAGAAACACACACACCACGCUCUUUUACAAGAGGUUCUGGAAAACCGAGAGAGAAAGAGAGAGAGAAGGAGAGAAAGAGAGAGAGAAGGAGAGAGAAAGAGAGAGAGAAGGAGAGAGAAGGAGAGAGAAAGAGAGAGAGAAGGAGAGAGAAAGAGUGAGAGAAGGAGAGAGAAAGAGAGAGAGAAGGAGAGAGAAAGAGAGAGAGAAGGAGAGAGAAAGAGAGAGAGAAGGAGAGAAAGAGUCGCGGAACCUUUGGGACUUCUCGGUUUCUACUGAACCGUCCCACACUCUUCAGAGGUCAAUGCUUUGCUUUGGGCAUUCUGCUUGUCUUACCUCCGUCUCUUUCAGUUUCUCUGAACACUGUUGCUUUUUAAAACCUUUAGCCUUUUCCUCGUUGUCUGUGUCGAGAAACACAAAAGAACACAGACAGAAGUUAACACAACAACAACAACAACAACUUAACAGGAGUUUGUUUAAGCUGGAAUGAAUAUAUCUGAGUCUAGUUACUGUCGUGAGGCCAGUUCUCCACCAGGCCGGGACAGAGCCGGGGGGCAUCCAUGGGUCUCUUCCCCCAGCCCAGGCUCUGAUCGUGGGCUAGGACCCUUCGACCAGACCCCCCUUUAUGGAGGAUCUGGAGAUCGUGGCUCUGCUGGGGGCCGCACAGAGGCCAGGAUAGGGGCCGGAGCUGAACCAGGGACAGGGGCAGGAAGCCCUGACUCGACCCACCGAGAAGCACCUUCCCAGGGCAGCGUUGAGGGGAAAGCAGGGGGUGAGUCGAGGAUCCGUCGGCCAAUGAACGCCUUCAUGGUUUGGGCUAAAGACGAGAGGAAACGACUGGCCGUUCAGAACCCAGACCUCCACAAUGCUGUCCUCAGCAAGAUGCUGGGCCAGUCGUGGAAGGCUCUGACUACUCUGGACAAGCGUCCUUUCGUUGAGGAGGCUGAGAGACUCCGCCUCCAGCACCUGACGGACCACCCCAACUACAAGUACCGCCCCCGUCGCAAGAAACAGGCCAAAAAGCUCAAACGGGUGGAACCGGGGUUACUGCUCCACAGCCUAGCCCAGGGAGGGUCAGGGGUUCCUGGGGUAGGGGAGGGCUACGGACACCCUCUGAACAGUUAUGGACAUCCUCAUCCACACCACCACCUUCUGCCUCCACUAGGCCACUUCAGGGACCUCCACACUGGGGACACACUGAGCUACGGACUGCCCACACCGGAGAUGUCCCCUCUGGAUGUGAUGGAGGAGGGGGGUGGGGACGGAGGGGUGUUCUUUCCCCCUCACAUGCAGGAGGACGUGGAGCUACAUGGAACCUGGAGUAACUACCCCCAUCACCACCACUAUAACAGCCAUCACCAUGACGCCCAUAGCCAUCCUCACAGCCACAGUCAGGGUCAUGGUCAGGGUCAGGGGCAUAGUCAGGGUCAGGGGCAUAGUCAGGGUCAGGGGCAUAGUCAGGGUCAGGGGCAUAGUCAGGGUCAGGGGCAUAGUCAGGGUCAGGGGCAUAGUCAGGGUCAGGGGAAUAGUCAGGGUCAGGGUCAUAGUCAGGGUCAGGGGCAUAGUCAGGGUCAUAGUCAGGGUCAGGUGCAUAGUCAGGGUCAGGGGCAAAGUCAGGGUCAUAGCCAGGGUCAGGGGCAUAGUCAGGGCCAGGGGCAUAGUCAGGGUCAGGGGCAAAGUCAGGGUCAUAGUCAGGGUCAAAGUCAGGGUCAUAGUCAGGGUCAGGGGCAAAGGGGUCAUAAUCACCAUCUUAACCAGAGCCAGAGGGGCUCCCUGCUCUGUCGUCCUCCCCAGGAGAAAGGCCUCAGCCAGGUGCCAGAGCCUACGAACUCUCCCAGUCCUUACUCUUACUCCCAGGGCUCCUCUAUAAGCCUGUCUGAGCCAGUCAAUCCCCUCCAGUCCACCAGUAGUUCCUCUGUGUCCUCUGGUUACUAUAGUUACCUGUACAAUAACGCUGGACCAGACACCCCCCAGGCCUCUCACCUGGGGCAGCUCUCUCCCCCUCCCGAGUCCUCCUCUUCCUCGCUGGUCCCCACCUCCAACCCUAAACCUCAGGCCCUGGACUCCGUAGAUCAGGCUGGGUCCAACCACGUAGGCCUGACGUCAGUUGAGUUCUGGACAGAAGUGGACCGCAAUGAGUUUGACCAGUACCUCAGUGCUAACCGGACUCGUAUGGAGGGGUAUGGGAGUAACCUCAUUCCCGUUUCUAAAUCCAUGGAGGGGUAUGGUAGUGUCCCCGUGUCGAAAGCUCUGGAGGGGUAUACCAACGCACCCCUCUCUAAACCACUAGGGAGGAUCUGUGAUGAGAGCCAGAGUAGUCCUCUCAUCUCUGCUCUAGCUGAUGCUAGUAGUGCUGUCUACUACGGUACCUGUAUUACUGGGUAGACACCUUCCUGACUGCUGUUAGUCAUUGGCUGUGUGCCAGAGUCUAGUAUGGUCUUAGGGCAGCCUACAAGACCUGUUGGUCAAAUACAGUAUGUUAAACAUACUGUAUACUGGAGUGGGACUUGGUGUAAUUUGCAUAUGGAAUAGGCCACAGAAGUGCAAACACUAAAUUAAGGCAAGUACACCUAAAAAGAAAAUGUAAAAAUAAUAAAAUACAUUUUUGAAAGCAUUGGAUUGGUGUACUUGACCCGGGUCUGCAGUUGACCUUUAAGGACUUUCAGGGUAGGAUUACUACAAUGCAUUAUGGUCUACAACAGACUACUGCAGACCACUACAGAACACUAAAGACUACAACAGACCACUACAGACCACUACAGAACACUAAACACUACAACAGACCACUACAGAACACUAAACACUACAACAGACCACUACAGAACACUACAGAACACUACAGAACACUAAAGACUACAACAGACCACUACAGAACACUAAAGACUACAACAGACCACUACAGACCACUACAGAACACUACAGAACACUAAAGACUACAACAGACCACUACAGACCACUACAGACCACUACAGAACACUAAACACUACAACAGACCACUACAGACCACUACAGAACACUACAGAACACUAAAGACUACAACAGACCACUACAGACCACUACAGAACACUACAGAACACUAAAGACUACAACAGACCACUACAGACCACUACAGAACACUACAGAACACUAAAGACUACAACAGACUACAACAGACCACUACAGACCACUACAGACCACUACAGAACACUAAACACUACAACAGACCACUACAGACCACUGCAGACCACUACAGACCACUACAGAACACUAAAGACUACAACAGACCACUACAGACCACUACAGAACACUAAAGACUACAACAGACCACUACAGAACACUAAACACUACAACAGACCACUACAGACCACUACAGACCACUACAGAACACUAAACACUACAACAGACCACUACAGAACACUAAAGACUACAACAGACCACUACAGAACACUAAACACUACAACAGACCACUACAGACCACUACAGAACACUAAAGACUACAACAGACCACUACAGACCACUACAGACCACUAAACACUACAACAGACCACUACAGACCACUACAGACCACUACAGAACACUAAAGACUACAACAGACCACUACAGACCACUACAGAACACUAAACACUACAACAGACCACUACAGACCACUACAGACCACUACAGAACACUAAACACUACAACAGACCACUACAGACCACUACAGAACACUAAAGAACACUAAAGACUACAACAGACCACUACAGACCACUACAGAACACUGCAGAACACUAAACACUACAACAGACCACUACAGACCACUACAGAACACUACAGAACACUAAACACUACAACAGACCACUACAGACCACUACAGACCACUACAGAACACUACAGAACACUAAACACUACAACAGACCACUACAGACCACUACAGAACACUAAAGAACACUAAAGACUACAACAGACCACUACAGACCACUGCAGAACACUACAGAACACUAAACACUACAACAGACCACUACAGACCACUACAGAACACUACAGAACACUAAAGACUACAGCAGACCACUACAGACCACUACAGACCACUACAGAACACUAAACACUACAACAGACCACUAAAGACCACUACAGAACACUACAGAACACUAAACACUACAACAGACCACUACAGAACACUAAAGACUACAACAGACCACUAAAGACCACUACAGAACACUACAGAACACUAAACACUACAACAGACCACUAAAGACCACUACAGAACACUACAGAACACUAAACACUACAACAGACCACUACAGAACACUAAAGACUACAACAGACCACUACAGAACACUAAACACUACAACAGACCACUACAGACCAUUACAGACCACUACAGACCACUACAGAACACUAAAGACUACAACAGACCACUACAGACCACUACAGACCACUGCAGAACACUAAACACUACAACAGACCACUACAGACCACUACAGAACACUGCAGAACACUAAACACUACAACAGACCACUACAGACCACUACAGAACACUAAACACUACAACAGACCACUACAGACCACUGCAGAACAGUAAAGACUACUGAGCUCUUCUACUUACUGUCCAGACAGGCAGAACAUUUAUAAUGAUAAACAUUUUCAUUUUUUUUGUUAUUGCCAUUUUGUUUAUACAGUAUUCCUAAUUUCAUGUUGUUUGUUUUAUUUGUGUAGAUUUUUAUUUUAUUAUUUCGAUGAAAAACUGUUUUAUUUGCACUGGGUCACAAACAUACGUAUAGGAAGACCACCAUGUUCCAAAUCUUUCUAAUGCAAUAUAUAUUUUACCAAAUGAAAGACUAGGAUUAUUGUUUCUGUACAAUGUGAAUUUAUGAGGUCUGCAAUGUUAGGACACUAGGAGACUUUGUUUUUGAAUUUUGUUUGUUUUUAAAGGUUUUAAUUGUAAUUAUUUACAUCAAAACACUUGUUUAUAUUUUAAUUUCCGUCACCACACAUAAAAAAAAGGGGAAUCUGGGAUUUAGGAUAUCCAUUUUAGGACAUUUACAUUAAUGAUGUAUAGCCGGUUGACCACUUUCUUGUUGUUUGAAUCCCAGAAUGCCUCUUUAAGAACCACGUUGAUAAAAAGGUAAAAAUUACUUUUGGUUAAAAGAAAAACAUUUUUUUUUUUAAAGUUAGGAAUAAAACAAACACAACAGUUGCUCUGCACUUAAAUCAAGCAGGCAAAACAAAAGCAUUAUUUCAUGCAGUAUUUCAUGCAUUAUUUCAAGCAUUAUUUCAUGCAGUAUUUCAUGCAGUAUUUCAUGCAGUAUUUCAUGCAUUAUUUCAUGCAGUAUUUCAUGCAGUAUUUCAUGCAUUAUUUCAUGCAGUAUUUCAUGCAGUAUUUCAUGCAUUAUUUCAUGCAGUAUUUCAUGCAGUAUUUCAUGCAGUAUUUCAUGCAGUAUUUCAUGCAUUAUUUCAUGCAUUAUUUCAUGCAGUAUUUCAUGCAGUAUUUCAUGCAGUAUUUCAUGCAUUAUUUCAAGCAUUAUUUCAUGCAGUAUUUCAUGCAGUAUUUCAUGCAUUAUUUCAUGCAGUAUUUCAUGCAGUAUUUCAUGCAUUAUUUCAUGCAUUAUUUCAUGCAGUAUUUCAUGCAGUAUUUCAUGCAUUAUUUCAUGCAGUAUUUCAUGCAUUAUUUCAUGCAGUAUUUCAUGCAGUAUUUCAUGCAUUAUUUCAUGCAGUAUUUCAUGCAUUAUUUCAUGCAGUAUUUCAUGCAGUAUUUCAUGCAGUAUUUCAUGCAUUAUUUCAUGCAGUAUUUCAUGCAGUAUUUCAUGCAGUAUUUCAUGCAUUAUUUCAUGCAGUAUUUCAUGCAGUAUUUCAUGCAUUAUUUCAUGCAUUAUUUCAUGCAGUAUUUCAUUGCAACAUUGCUUUGACACAGACAUUUAUUUUCUCUCAAUGUUAAACUUUCGGUUGUUGUUUCUUUAUUUGAAGAGGGCUUUUUGUAAAUGAAUAUAUUGCGUUUUAAAUAAUUUUACAAAAAAUAAAUAAAGUUAUUUCUAAGGAUU